AUGGCCGACAACGACGUCGAGAUGGAAGACGUGGUGGCGAACGCCGAAAAGUCAAAGGGAAGAGGAUUGGCACAGGUAAAUUAGUGAUUCUGACAUCAAAAACCAGUUGGGCGAGCGGUUCAAGCAUCAUUAUUGUUGUCUCGUUUCAGUCGCGCAAUCGCGAGAAGAUUGUGUACGACGUGGUCGACGAGGAAUCAGCGAUCUCGGGCGGCAGCGGCGGAGGCGGACCACAGAGAUCUGUCGAAGGAUGGAUCGUAUUCGUGACGAACAUCCACGAGGAGGCGACCGAGGACGAUGUGCACGAGAAGUUUGCCGAGUAUGGAAAGAUCAAGAAUAUUCAUCUGAAUUUGGACAGAAGAACCGGAUUCCUCAAGGGAUACGCUCUCGUUGAGUACGAAACUCAGAAGGUACGGGUUUUUCGGGUGGAAACUUAUGAAUUGUGAUUUUUAGGAGGCCAGCGAGGCGAUCGAGAAGAGCAACGAAACGGAGCUGCUCGGCCAGAACAUCAAGGUCGACUGGUGCUUCAUCAAGGGAAAGAAGACGUCCGGAAAGCGCUAA